CCAGAGUUGUCUUAGGAGACCUUAGCGCAGCUCUGGCCACUUCCUGAGCAUGCGUGUGGCUUCCGAACUGUCCAGGCUACUUCAUGCGUUUGGUUUAACGGGUUCUCAUAAGGCAGAAGAAUCUUCUUGAACUCGGAGUUGGGUCCAUGGUCCGUUGGUCAGUACUUUGUUCAGAGGCACUGAGGGUGGAGGGCCUGUGGAGCUGGAUUGUGCUGCUGGGAAAUUGGAUGGGCCUUGCUUCUGGGCCUCAAGUUCAGAACUGAGAGUCCCAGUGUUGUGAGCUUAGGGUAUACUCUGGGCAUGCCACACACUUUUUUUGUACUAAGAGGAUAGAAAAGCAAAGACCAGACUAGUUGUCAAAUCGAAACCCACCUACCCAGUAUAUGUAUGUCUUAGGCAUAGAAGGAAUAAUUGGGGGUGGGGACUGGAGAACCGAGCUAAAGGGAAAGACUAAAAGGGUUAAAAUACUUCCUGUGAUUUUGCCCCAUCAUCUCUUUUCUUCCAGAGACGUGACUCAACAACCUCAGCUGGGCCUGGCAGCACACAUAUCCCACACACCUUGCCAUCUCCAGGGUCACAAAAGCCACAAGAAGCCACAGGGAGGCUCCUGGCCUCUUACUUUACCUAAGGAGCCCCUGAAGUGGCAAGAUAAUACGGAAGCAGAAAAGCGAGACCCCCAGGAACUCGUGGCCUCCUUUUCUGAAAGAGUUCGGAACAUGUCGCCUGAUGAAAUCAAGAUCCCGCCAGAACCCCCUGGCAGAUGUUCAAAUCACUUACAAGACAAGAUCCAGAAGCUUUAUGAACGAAAGAUAAAGGAGGGAAUGGAUAUGAACUACAUUAUCCAAAGGAAGAAAGAAUUUCGGAACCCCAGCAUCUACGAGAAGCUGAUCCAGUUCUGUGCCAUUGACGAGCUUGGCACCAACUAUCCAAAGGAUAUGUUUGAUCCCCAUGGCUGGUCUGAGGACUCAUACUAUGAGGCAUUAGCCAAGGCCCAGAAGAUCGAGAUGGACAAAUUGGAAAAGGCCAAAAAGGAGCGAACAAAAAUUGAAUUUGUGACAGGCACCAAGAAAGGCACCACAACCAAUGCCACGGCCACCACCACUACCACCGCCAGCACAGCUGUUGCAGAUGCUCAAAAGAGAAAGAGCAAGUGGGACUCAGCUAUCCCAGUGACAACGAUAGCCCAGCCCACCAUCCUCACCACCACGGCCACCCUGCCAGCUGUUGUCACAGUCACCACCAGCGCCAGCGGCUCCAAGACCACCGUCAUCUCUGCUGUGGGCACUAUUGUGAAGAAGGCCAAACAGUGACCUGAGGGGCUACCCUAGGACUUGAAAGGACCAUGCAGCCCAGUGACCACUGCCCAGUGGGAGGUGCCACUUUGUAUAUUUCAGGACUGGGAACUGCUCCCCAGAUGCCACCUGAGAGGAACUUCUUUGUGGCAUUCCAUCCAGAAGGACAUGUAGCGUGGGAGCCGGGCACUAUGGACAGGAUCUGUCUGCGCACUACCUGGGGUCUGUUGCCCAUUAAAAGUGCCGUAUUUUUACCUCUUGGCAUCUCAGA